AUGGUUCCACUGAUAGCUGUCAUCACUGUCAUAACAGAAAAUAGUGCAAAUCGUGCAUCAAUAAUACAAAAUAUGUCAAUUUCGUUGAGAAAUUUUAUCAUAUUUAAUCCGCUGUUUUCAAGCAAAGAAGGAGAUGAAGCGAAAAAAAUCCUCUUCUACCAUCCAGCAGAAGUGGAAUUGGAUACACAAAUUAAAGAGAUUGGAUUGUGUGAAGCGAUUCUAAAAUUUGCUGGGACGUACACAAAACAUGAUUCGUGCGAAGUUGUCAGGACGCAGAAAACAAUUCAAUUGUACUAUGAACCGGAACCAAAUUUCUGGAUGAUAAUGACGAUAAAUGCUCCACAUGACACAAAACAGAAAGAUAACAUCGAAUACAACGAAUACAGAGGUGAUGAGGUGCACGAAAAGGUCUACCGCAGCAUUUUGAAGCAAACUUAUCGGAUGUUUCGUCUGUUCUGCGGAUCAUUUCAAAAUCACAUUCCUGCUGGACAGGGCUAUUCUGUCGUGCCGCUAGAGCUUGUCAACAAACUCAAGGAGUUUUACUUGGAGUAUAUUACAACGAUGAGACUGGAGGACAACAACAUUUUUGACAUCUUUUGCAGUACACCAUACCUUCCACUAAACGAGCUAUUGUUCCUGCGAGUUCACAAUUUCGUUCAACUGAUUCAGUCUUCAUUUCCUAUGAUUUCCCAUUGUGUGCUUUUUUGUAACGAACAUGUCGUGUGGAGUGAUAUCAAUCCAACGGAUCUCUAUUCGAUAAAUGAGUACAUGCAUUCGACGUUUUUCGUCAAAUUGCACCAAGGACAAUCGAAUCUGUGUUCGUUCGCUCGUGGAUCGUUGGCUGACUUAGCAGAAUCGACAGAAUUUGCGGGCGUUAAUCGUGUAGCUCCAAUCAUUCACAUAUUUAACGAAAAGAAAGUUCGAAAAUUCCAGUUGCUGGUGUAUCGAUUGCUUGACGGUGUCAUUUGUUUACUCGUUGACGAAGCGACAGAAAUCACCAAAGAAAUAUUCGACGAGCUGUUCAUUCACUUCAAAAUAGGCCAACAGUUAACGACAAUCAACGACGAAAUAUUGAAAUUUCAACAGACCGAAAUGUCACCGUCGGCCGAUAAAUCGGAUUCGGGACCAAAAUUCAUCUUUUUCAAUGAGCUCAGCUUCAAACACACUGAAUCGUUGCGACUGAACCAGAAACAAUGUCGCCCGAAAAAUGUUCCAGUCGAUGUGAUGAAUCUGAUAACGGAUUUGUACGAAGCCGAUAUUCGCAACAAGCGACCGUGUGCCAAGGAAUCGAUUGUUAAGACAUUGAACGAUUAUUGGAUUGUUUGCCGCAAAUCCAAUUAUCGUCAUUUCUUUGUCAUUGUGCAUAGGAAUUCAACGAUGCUAGAAAUUACUGAGGAGGCAAAGCGACUGUACAAUGUCCAUGCACAGGAUGUGUUUUUCGAAUGAAUUUUAUAUUUGGUUGAUCAAAUCAGAAAAUAAUCGAUGAACGGUAAAUAAACAUAAUUUAAAGUG